CAGUCAACAUGGUCUCAUCCUUGUAUGCAUGUAAUAUGUGCCAGUGGACAUUUAACACCAAUCCAUCAUAAUCAUGAUCAUACUUAAUUUUCACAAUAAAAUACAGGCAAGCAUGAAAUGAAAUGCUUUAUUUUAUUUUCAGAGCAAAUCGAUAUAAGGCAUGCACACUACAAAUAAUUUUCAAUAUACAUAUAUAUUUGUAUAUUUGUAUUUCGUUCAUUGUUUUUUACAUAAAUCAGGCCAUUAGUUUUCUCGUUUGAAUUGUUUUACAUUUCAUUUUGGGGCCUUUGAUAGCUGACUAUGCGGUAUGGGUUUUGUUCAUUGUUGAAGGCCUUUACAGUGACCUAUAGUUGUUAACUUCUACGUCAUUUGGUCUCUGGUGGAGAGUUGUCUCAUUGGCAGUUAUACCACAUCUUCUUAUUUUUAUAUUGUAGUUUGUCAUUAACUUUUGUAGAAAUAUAACCUACUUGAAAAAAGGGAAUAUUUUAAUUGGAUGCUAUCUUAAAAUUAAACAUUUGAUCCACACCUGAAUUUGUCAUAGAUAUGAACUUCUUUUUAGGUUGAUGAAGAGAUGCAGGCCCAGAUAGACAAGUUUGAACUUUUAAUGGGUGUCAAACCUUUCCAUGUAGAUGGCCACCAACAUGUCCAUUUGUUAUCAGGAAUUAGUGAAGUAUUUUGUGAUGUGUUAACAAGGAAUGGUAUCUAUGUAACUAGGUUACCGAUAGAGGAUAUCAGUGAGACAGAUCUACCAAACAAAGACUUCCUACAGACAGUUAUCAAUGAUUCACACUCUGCCAAACAAGUCUUUGACAGAUCUGGUAUUAGGUAUGCAGAUAGAUUUAUUGGUCUGGACUCAUUUGAAACAUCUGUGGAUUCCAUCAUACAGAAAUUGGCAGACAUGUUGAAUGGUGGUAACCAUGGAGACACUUUCUGUGAGUUCAUGGUGCAUCCUGGGUAUAGAACAGAACAGGAAGGAGGAUGUGGUUGUGGUCCUGAUGAUUUCUCUCAGUCACAUUAUCGAGAAAAUGAAUUAAAUAUCUUGUGUGAUACAAAACUAAAAAAUUUCAUUGAUAAAUCAAAAUUCAAAUUAGUAAAUUAUGAAACUUUGUUUUUAACAGAAGCAUUUUGUAUACGAAAAUGACUUUAGGAUUUUUAUUUUCAAUUGUUAGGAUGUUUUAAGUUAACAUUUCAGAUUAUUUAUUCAAUAUAUUUCUGUGAUAUGUAAGCAAAUCAAAUUAGUUUUUAAAACAGUUGGUUAACGAAGAUAAAUGUAUAAAUGAGCAGCUUCACAUCUUAAAUGGGCAUUGCUGUCAAAUUCAUGUUCACCGAUUUGACUCAAAUUCUCAUAUUUGAUUAAUAACAUACUAAAACGUAUAUCCAAAUAAUAAAAAGUUUAAAAUAAACAAUUUACGAUGCACGGACUAGGUAUUAUGUAUCAGCAUUUCGUGUGUAUUUUAGUUUAGAUGCCAUCUAAUUAACCAUUGAGGUGACCUUCGAAGACUUCCGAUGAUCAUAUAGCCCGAUAUAAUCAUAAACAUAGUCUUUUUUACCUGUAUAAGAAUGAUUUUUUGUAGAUAGAAUCAGUCAACCAAAUGGUUUACCCUUGUUUCAUUUCCAAUGUUGACAUUCUUUUCUUUUUAAUAGCUGAACAUACCUAGUUAUGCGUUCAAUUGAAGUUCACAUGAAUACAGAUUUAAUGAGGUCAAAAUCUUCACUUGCAAGUGAAUAAUUCAGUAGCGAUAUCACUUUGCUUAUUGUCUCGCCUUGACGGAGUCAAAAAGCGAGACAUAGGUAUGCUGUUUCUGGUGUUGUCGGUGGCGGCGGCAUCAACAAUGUAUUAGUUUGUGAUAAGUUCUAGUUUAUGGUGAACCACAAGUGGAAGGUCAAUUUUAUUUGGUAUGCAGUUGUAUUAGCAUUGGCACAUCUCAUUUCCAUGGAGAUUAUUUGGCCCUGCCCCCUCAGUCAUGGUCUAUUGACUUUGAAACUUUUACAUAGUUUACAAGUUAAUGUUUGUGUUUAAGUUUGUUUAAAGAAAACUACUUGUAAUAAGUCAAUGGUAUUUGGUAUGCAGUUGUAUUAGCAUUGGCACAUAUGAUCUCAUUUCCAUGGAGAUUGUUUAGCCGUGCACCUUCAGUCUUGGUUCAUCGACUUUGAAUAUUUGCUGAAUAUUUGCAUAACUUACAUGUUAAAGUAUUGCUAUUUUAAUUUCAACAUUUGCAUUAUCAAAAUUACAAAAAGGUGAGACAUAUCUCUGUGAUAACAGUUUAUUUUUACAAAACUGAACCAAACUGGCUGCUAAAAGCGAAUUAUUAUAUCACUAUUUCACUUUCAUUAAUGAUUGACAAAAAAAAAUAUCAUAUUUUAUUAAGUCUCCCAAACGAAGUUUGGGAAGACUUAUUGGUUUUGCUCAGUUCUUCUUCUUCUUCUUCCAUGGAACUUGUCUGCAUCUGUUCUCCAAAACCGCUGAUCACAUUAACUUAAGAGUUUCACAAUAUGUUAGACUAACAUGUCUAGUGGUGCAAUCAGGGUUUUGUUUGUGCAAUGGGGUUUAUAAAGGGGUACUUUGAGGGACAAAAAGGAAGGAGGGGUUUACUAUAGAACCCUAUGGGAUUUUAUUUUUUUUUAAUUUUCAAAUGAUUAUAACUUGAAAACAGUUAGUGAUAGACACAAUCUUUAUUAUUGAAAAUGUUCUAAAUGAUUAAGCACAUUAAAUGAAAUAAAAGGUUAGUCCCAAGGGGUUACCCCCACCCCCUGCCAUUAGAGAAAGUUUUAAUAUCUUGGAAGUGGUCAAGAUCCCCACCCCUAAACCAUAUAUAUUUUGGUUUGUCAUGAUAAAGCACAUCAAAUGAAAUACAGGGUUAGUCCCCAGGGGUCAACCCACCCCCUGCCAUUUGAGAAAGUUCUAAUAUCUUGUACAUGGUCAAGAUCUCCACUCCUAAACCAUAUAUAUUCUGGUUUGUCAUGCCAAGAUGAUUUGAAUGAUAAACAGGGUCAGUCCCCAGGGGUUGUCCCAACCCCCUGCCAUUUGAGAAAGUUAUAAUAUCUUGUAAGUGGUCAGGAUCCCCACCCCUAAACCAUAUCUAUGCUGGUUUGUCAUGCCAAGAUGAUUUGAAUGAUUAACAGGGUUAGUCCCCAGGGGUCGUCCUGACCCCAUGCCAUUUGAAAAAGUUCUAAUAUCUUGUAAGUUGUCAGGAUCCCCACCCCUAACCCAUAUAUAUGCUGGUUUGUCAUGCCAAGAUGAUAUAAAUGAUAAACAUGGUAAGACCCAAGGGGUCAUCCCCACCCUCUAUCAUUUGAAUAUGUUCCAAAUAUCUUGUUAAUGGUCGAGAUCCCCACCCUAAACCAUAUAUAUUCCUAUUUGUCAUGUCAUGAAGAUUUGAAUGAUAUAUAGGAAAGGUCCCCUGGGGUUUCCCCCUUCCCGAAUGUUACAAUAUCUUUUAAAUGGUUGAGAUCAUAAACCAUAUAUAUUCCUGUUUGUCAUGUUCCAAAGAUUUGAAUAAUAUAUAUGGUCAGUCCCCAGGGGUUCUCCCCACUCCAGAUGUUCUUAUAUCUUGCAAAUGGUCGAGAUCCCCACCCCUAAACCAUAUAUAUUCCUGAUCGUCAGAUUUGAAUGAUAUAUAGGGUCAGUCCCCAGGGGUUCCCCCACCCAAAUGUUCUAAUAUCUUGUAAAUGGUCGAGAUCCUCACCCCUAAACCAUAUAUAUUCCUGUUCGUCAUUUCAUAUAGAUUUGAAAGACAUGCAGGGUCAGUCCCUAGGCGUCACUAAUGCAUAUCACUUUACUAGACCAAAAUAAUUUGUACUGGACUUUGCUCAAUGUCAGGCGACCAUAGGAAUGACGAAUUAUGGGUUCUUCGUUUGGAGACUUCGUAAUAGCAUCCUGUUACAAUCAUUUCUUGUUUUUUUAUAUAUCUUGUAGCUAAUGCCCCUUUUAAGCAGUAUAUUCAAAGUUCUAAAGGCUGUGUGUGUAUUUAGAACUUUCAUAGAGUGAAAGUCAAAGUCCUUUACUGUAAAUUUCUUUUUCUGAAAGUUGAACAACAGUUAUUUUAUAUAUAUGAAUUGAUUUUUGGUAUGGUUCAUGUCUUUUCAUUUUUAUAGUACUUUGAAAGGGCUUUAAUUCAUUUUGAAUUUAUAAAAAACUAAAUGUAUGCUAUCAUAUUUAUCUUAAAAAAAAGGAAAAAUAUUUUUAUGAUAUAGUGCUCCAUGUUUUAUUUUUCAGUUUUCAUUCAUGCAAUAUUUCUGAUUUUUUUUUACAGCAAAGCAUUUAUUUGUGCAGCAUACUUCUAGUGAAUUUUUCAUGAUACAUUUGAAAGUCAUUAAAGUUGGACUAAUAUGUUAGAAAUAUAACUAAAAAAAUUAUAGUUCUGCUAAGUAUGUUUACCUAUGAAAGUAAACAAAUUAUGAACUUUUUUACUUGGAUUGCAAGAAGAGUUGCUUUUCUAUUGUUUUCAAACCACUAGUUAUUCCAUCGGAUGGGGAAAUAUAAAAAUUUUAACAUUGGGUUAACAGUUAUCUCCCUUGAAGUUGUAUUGACUCCCCUUAAAACUGUAUUGGAAUGGAAACCAAUGUUGAAAUAAGGCAAACCUUUCACUGAUACAAAGUUAAAUAUGAUUAACAUGAUACAUUUCUGUGUCCUUAUGCUAUUGUACAAUACACUUGAAUAACAAUUUUAUUUUGCUAAACAUAAAUAUAUUUGAAAAGAAGACAUUAAACUUUGAUAGGAUUUGCGUCUAUUUUCUAGUCUUGCUGCUCUGUUUAACAAAACUGCUGUGUUUUUUUUUUAUGUCUUUACAAUUUAGCAAAAAACUACAGAUGAUUUGUAUGUAUUUCUUUUGAAAUAAAUCCUAUUGUUUAUUGUUUUA